UAACAAGCACCCCAUGGCAGGAGAUUGGCUUCAGCAUGUUGAGAUGCUCGGAUAGCUAGGUAAGGUGGCUUACCAGCGUUGAUGGAGGUUGUAGCCUGGACUGCGUGGGCGUGCUUUUGGGGUUGCAAACAGGUGAUUUCACACAACCGACAGCUGUAAGAGCACCCAACUUAAUCGGCAAAGUAGGGGGCCCAAAACUACAAUGAUUUUGUCUCAUAUCCGUAUUUAUUCGUUACAUUUACUCCUGUUACUAUGGUUUUCCUUCCAACGAGGUUACUUUAAUAGAUACCUACUUAGAUGUGUAGUACGAGUUGUUGACUUCCAACUGUUGGAGCCUUCGAGCAGCGUUUUGCCGACUUCUUUGGCACUGUUACGUAACUCCUUGUAUGUUGGACAGCCUUGUUUCUUGUGGAGGGGUUGAGCCUGAACAACGCAUGGCAAUAUCUAGAUACCUACCUAGGUACCUUACACUCCGUUUCGUUCUUUCAUGUUAGAUUUCUGUGGCGGCAUCCGCCCUUGAGCUCCGCUAUUUGCCGAUCUCCCUAGCUACAUAACUUGGGGUUUGCAUUUUGACACUAGAGUCUCAGCAACUCUUGCCAGUUAAGGACUCUUAGGAGCGGAUAUCGAGCUGCAGAGGCGUCGCAGUUCCUGGGGACGAGGACCUGGAAGAGAGAGGGAAAUAGGUGGCAGGCUCCCAUGCAACAUGUAAGGGCAGUCUCCAGUGCAGUGUUAAUCUAGGUGGUAUCGUCCACUGUGGUUUAAUAACUAAGUGUUCGUGAGUUGCUCUGUAUCGCUUCGCUCCUGACUCUCACUUCUCGGACCGGGCAUCAUUCUUCCUCUUCUCCUCCCUGUACUCGGCCAGAUGCUCCAUUUUCCUCUUCGCGAAUUCUGCCAUGUCGGCACGCAGCUC